AAGAGCAGUGCAGUCUCGAGCCUCGCGUCGAUCGCAGAGGAUUUGUCUGUUGCUCGGCUCUCUUCAUGCUCGACUGCUUCCUUCCAAAGCAACGAACCGCCGGUAGGUGUGUGGUGCAGUGCCGAUAAUAAAACACAUGAAAAGAAUUUCUGCCAGAGUAUGGGAACAUUCUCGGGGGAGGUCGAUCUAUCGCGCGGAACAACAGCGUGGAAUCGAUGAUAAUAAAACGAGCAGAAACCCUAAGGAACUCAGUCAAUUUGAAUAUCCCAUUCGACGAAGAAUAUUCGCGAGGGCAUCUAACUCUGCUUUGGCAUAAAAGUUACGCGAAUCAGAGUAUCGUUCGCGAAGAUAGGGUUGAAAUUGACGAUACGGGAGCGCGAUAACGAUCGACUCUCCCCUGACUAGAUAGAACGAAUCGUCGAGACUCGGAGUCUCGUAAAUGAGCGAGAAGAAUCGUCAUCGAGGGAUCAGUCACGAUUUGGGGAUGUCGACGUGCGCGAGGUGGACUUUAUGGCCGGCGAGAACGCGUUUUCGACGCUCUCCGACGAGUCUCGUGUGCUACCGGAAGUGUUGAUGAUGAACGAGCCGGAUCCACGAGGCAGAUCGAACUGGUGAUUUCGACGAACUUCGGUGCUCAUUGAAAAGUGAUUUCCGCCAUCCUGCUCUUCAUGACAUUUCGUUCCUUUUAUUCCGUUUUCGUUUGCGUUCGAUUCGUUGUUUCGUACGAACAGUGAAAAAGAUUCGUCGUUCUCUUUUUUCCCAAGAAGACAGAAACGACUGGAUAUCGCGACAUCGCUGAUAAUUGGAUAUUUUGGGAGACAGACCGGUGAUCCGACAGCCAUGGACUGGCGGGGGAUCGCACUGGCAUUUUUAUUGAUCACAAUAGCGAGGCACAGCACCACACAAGCGGCCCAAAUACCCGAGCAGCUGCCUACAUCAACCGCUGCGAUAGCAAGCACCGUGCAGAUCGAGUGCGCGAGCGAGUCGAUAAUCGUCCACAUUUCGACGGAGGGUAACACGGAUUUCCAUGGUCUGGUGUAUCCGCGGGGGUUGUCGAAGAACAGCUCUUGUUUGCAAGAGUACAGAAGCCAACGCACCCCUAUAACCUACAAUCUGCCCCUCAGGUCUUGCAACACCAUGCCCACCGAGCUGGACGACGGUGGUAUCGAGUACUUCAACACUAUAGUGGUGCAGCCGCACCUGAAGUUGAUCACGAACCAGGGCAGAGGUUUUCACGUGAGAUGCCGAUACCAAACACGAGACAAAGUAGUAACGAACGAUCAAACCCACGUGGCCAUGCUGCAGUCUCUACCGCUUCAGGCAACAGCUCCUAUGCCAGGAUGCACGAUGAAGAUCUUCAACGGAGAUCCAACGAGGCAUCAAGUGGCGGAAAACGUGAAGAUCGGGGACCCUUUGACCUUGGUCAUUAGCAUCGACAAACAGGAAAUGUUCGGGCUGAAGAUCUCCGACUGCUUGGUGCGCGACGGCUUAGGAUGGGGAGAGCAGAGACUCAUAAACGACGAGGGUUGCCCAGUCGACGGUGAGAUCAUGGGACAAUUCACGUAUAACGAAGAUAAGACGGAGGCAAGGGUGAACUUCCAGGCGCAUAAAUUCCCCUACACAGCCAGUGUCUACUAUCAAUGCAACGUCAGACUAUGUGUAAAACACGGUGGAGGAUGCAGCAACACGCCACCGGCGUGUAAUUUGAUAUCCAGACGACGCAGGGACACUGCCGACGACAAUACAGUGAAAGGUGUCGAAGGCCUGGACGGAGGAACGCCAGCUACCAUCGAAGUUUAUAGCGGACUAUACGUGAACGAAGCCUCGGACGUUGGCUCCAAGUCAGACUUCACCGACGACGUCUUCAGAGAAAGGACUAUCGACGAUCCCGACAACAUCUGCAUAUCGCAGAGGAGCUUCGCCAUCGGCAUCGCGAUCGCGGGUCUGAUCCUCAUGCUGGUGGUAGUCGCGGCCAUUCUAGCACUGCUGGCCAAGAGACGACACAAGAGCAUCUCGACGACGGGUUCGUCCAUCUACAGCGGACCUUACACGAACACUGCAUAUAGUCACAGCAGCUAAGUUCAUCCUAACCUCGAUAUCUUCGAACAAACGAGGUGAUUCGAAUGAAAGAAUGAAAAACUUUAGCUAUAUGGUAGUGAAGCGAGCGGCCAAUCGAUACUAAUGUCGAGAUGGAAAUUUUUCCAAUUAUAUCGGUUCUACGUCAGCCUCGGUGCAUCGAGGUGUAGAGAAUUUAGAUGGAUUAAACGAGAUUUUGCUCAACUGCCGAUGCUAUUGUUGCUUCUUUGAAGAAAUAGCUCAGAACCCUAUAGGUCCGAACACGUGGUCGAAAGUGCUCGAUAAAGAGAGGAUGCACCACCUUAAAAAUGUCUAAAGAUAGGUUAACUCCAAGAAUCUUUUUUUGGAUAAUUACGAUACGAAAUGAAAACUGCAGAUUUUUUCCUGAUAAUUUCCAUUCUAACUUCGUUUGUGAAUUUCGGAAAGGAAUUUAGAAACUGCCUAAAACCUUCAAAAGAAGUACGAUAAGAUUCGAUUUGUUUAAACUGCUAAGGCGGUGUACCUCCUGAAUCAAGAAAUUCCUGUGUAUUUUAUUCAGAUACGUUUCUUGCCAUCCGUUUGAUAACUCGUCCCAAUAACUGCCCUUUCGAAAUUUCCCCAGUUGUAAAAUUGUUCAUAAGAUGCACGUGUUAGAACCUGAGCAGUUUUAGAGAAAUCCUAGCCUAGCCAGAGACAACUUGAGACGAAUCGACACGAAAUCCUUAGGAUUAACUUUAAUAUAUACGUUAUAUUAUUAUUAUUUUUAUUAUUAUAUUAUAUUAUAUUAUAUUAUAUUAUAUUAUAUUAUAUUAUAUACAUAUUGUAUACUAGUCCGGUAUACGCUGUCCUAGCUAACCUAGCAGCCGCACUAAAAACAGAAGGCGCACCAUAUGAAUAUUCUCUCUGUCUCCAUUAUCUUGGCAAUUUAACUUAAUCAUCAGCGCAGAACGACUCACUCUAGCGUUUAAGGUGAAGUCGCCAGAGAUACUUCUUAAGCGAAUCAAACGCCCCAGUGAUUUUUAACUACCGUCCUUCUUUUCCUCCCAUCCCGAUUUCCUAGCCAAGUAUUGCAUAUUUCUUAUCCGCAUCUAUGACAAUUCUUUCUCAAUAUUUAUAGUCACGGUCUUUUUAUUCCUUCUUCUUUUUUUCUAAAUUUUGUGGCAAAGGGAUAAUCCCUGGCUCCUGAAACUCGGUCACUUAAAUUUCCAAAUUCUAAGUUUGUUCUAUCAGUUACCAAUAGACUGUGGAUUUUUAUGCAAAUUUAUCUUUCGCUAAAGAAAUAAAAGCCAAGGAGGAAAUUUUUAUUUGCUAAAUAUUAUGGAUUAAGUGUUAUUACUUUCAUGUAAAACGUGUCAAAUCUAGGAGUAAUCCAUUUAUCUUGCUUCUUUAUAAAUACAAUUAGAACUUCGUUUAUAUGGUCUUAUCAAGUAUGGACAAAUAGUUCACCCAUUUUUGCACCUUCAAGCUCUUCAUAAAUGCAUAAAGAUCCACACUCUAGUUACCAGUUUGCUUCCCUUACAGAAUCUUCGACUAUGAUCUUAAUGAAUAUAAUUUGCUCGUGACAAGCAAUAAACAAAUCACGAGCACUUAACCAGCUGCUGGCUAAUCGAUUACAGACAAGUUUCUGUGCAUUCGAACGAAUCGAGGCUGCUUCGAACGGGCAACUCGGUAAACUUGUAUGGGAUGCAUCGGUUAUUACGUGCUUCCGACUAUGCGCUACGGUGUUUCGUGAGAUUAAGUCCCGUUGCCGCGAGAACGAGGAGAAAAGAAUCACGCUACAUCGUCCUGUACACACCAAAGAUUAAAAAGGUGUUAGAAGAAGGAGAUACGCUAUCGUUCAUAAGUAUCCGGAUACUUUUGUCGAUUCGUAGUAACAAUAUAAGAAUUGCAACAAAUUGCACAAAUUGGCUAAUAGCAAAGCAAUAAUUAGAGACGGCACUAGGAAUUAUUACAAUAUUUUUUAAUUUUCAUUUGCGAUAUUUAAGAUUAUUUGUAUACUAUCGAUAUUGGAGUAUUAAUUGUUCCAAUAUUUGGUAAACUUCUUUCACAGGUAUCGAAUCGUACGUGAAUUACUCUGAUUAAAUAAUAUGAUGUUUAUUAAUUAUGCAAAGAAAAUAUGCAGAGCUAAGGCUAUUUGGAAAAACAUUUCAUGCGUAUCACUGCCUAAUAUAAAAUUUAUUUAUCGUAAUUUUAUAAUGAAUCUUGUCGAAUACAGGUAAAUGUCCAGAUACUUUUGAAUAGUAGCGUAUAAACCAGUGGAACGUCUCCUCGUGUCCAUGGCCACGGGACAUUCGCAUGAGUGUGGCAAUAAACGAGUGCAUAAUCCAUUAUAACGCUUAAACGUAAACUAGUUUCCAUUGAAUCGAGGUGCUGCUCCGAUAACGAUACCCUCUUUUACGGGAUACUUCCGACUGUUACCUAGACGAUAAAUAAGGAUAAAAUAUCUGUUAACGAAUGACGUAAUUUACGUUCAAAUCGGAAGUACCCUGUAUAAUUGCUUCGUCGUUUCUUCGAUUCUUUUACGACCAAAAGCUAAUUGAUGGACAAGCGUAUCUCGUAGUAGAGAAUCUAGUGACUUUUUGUGGAAGAAAAAGAAUCGAAAAAGAAGUGAGGGUAUCGCCGUUUUAUUAGUCGCGUGGAGCGUUCUUUUCUUCUUAGUUUUUAAUUUGUGAGGAAAAAAAAGAGUUACGCGGUCGCGUAAAUGGGUCCAGCGUGGUGGUGGGUACAGAUCGUAAAAUUUACAUUUAAAGAGAACAGAGGGAAAGAAAAGAAAGAAUGGACACGCAAACGUAACACUCGUAACCUAUAAGCUAUACGCAAGAAAUUAAGAAAACGAAAAAAAGUAUAAAAAUGUUGAUUCGGUUUACAUGGAACCGCUUGUUCCGACGAUUGUCUCUGUACACCUACGAUCGCUCAUAAACUUCAGUUUGGUCAGGAACAUCGUACAGUAAGAAUUUUUAUCGUAAAAUUAUGUUAAACGAUGGAAAGUGAAAAUUUACGAUGAAAUAUCGAUGAAAUAUCCAACAAAAAUUCGUCCAAAAAUACUGUGAGCUAUCUAAGCUGUAUAAAAUCUAGGAGAUACGACGUUCUUACUCGUAAGAUAUUUAACUUUUAUAAAAAAAAUAAUUAAAAGUUCUUUGUCGCGAUGUUUUACAAAUGUGUAACAAAGUGCAAUAAUUUCGAGCGAUCGGUAGUGUUAAAGAACGUCGUGGAUCGAAAGCACUCGACGAAUGGUAUAACAAACGAGCGUUAUUGUUUCGUCGUAUUCGUGGCAUUGGUUCAUAGCGACAUUGGGGAUAAAAACUGCCUGUAUAGAGUUCUUUUUGUAAGGAUACGCGAUUCUUCACUAGGUCCUGCAAUGUUUCUCUGGACCCUUGUCCAAAACUUACAACGAACUUGUGUAAAUAACGAAAACGUAAUAAAUCUUGUAACCAUAAA